AUGGCUUGGCAAAUACCAGGUCCAUGGAACCCAGGGUUAUCUUUGGCACCUGAUCCUUCAAGUAUGAAUAUGGCCGGUAUGAGUUCACUUACCGCCGAACAAUGGAGCUUGAUGCAACAGCAAAACUGGCAGCAAUGGGCUCAAUGGCAGCAACAGUAUGCCCAAUGGCAAACUCAAUAUGGUGAUAAAUAUGCUGAGCAAAUGCAAGGAAUGCCACAAUUGGGAAUGGUUCCACCGCAACCAACAACACUUCCACCCCCUGCACCGCCCCCACCAGAAAACCCUCCUCCUCCACCACAUGAAAAUGACCAGCCUUUGUAUUGCAAGCCCCACCUUCCGACAAUGCUACCAUCCAACCAAACUCAAAAGUAUAAUCAAAAUUUUCAUAAUCAUAAUGCUGGCAACAUAAAUAUAAGUAACAAACAAAAUCAGACUUACAAUACAGAGGAUAAAUGUGAUGCACAACUUCAACCUACAAAUUCAGUAAACAGUGAAGCAUUAAUGAAGCUAGCUGAAGAAGAGAGGCUGUUUGAUGUUCAGUUUAAGAAAUGGGAAGAAGAAAUAGAAAAAUGGAAGAAAGAAAAUGUUAAUCACCCAGACAAAAGAGCUUAUGGUGAGUACGAACAAAAGUUUGAGGCUUGCCGUGCUCAACUACUAGAGAGAAGACAACAGAUGAAUCAAAAACGAGCAACACUUAUGAAUAGUGUGUCUCAAACAUCAAGCACAGGUAAUACACAAAUUUCUUCAUUAAAUCAAAAUACAUGUUCUAAACAGACUCAACCAGGUCAGAUUACCAAACAACCUCAAAGCUACCCAAAUCAAUCUUCUAAUUAUAAUCAAUAUGGUGGUAAUUAUAAAGAUGAUUCUAGAAGUAACAAUAUAAGCAUUGUUUCUCAAGAUAGAUAUGAUGCAUAUCAGAGUCAUAAUAGUUUCUCAUCUAUAAGAAAAAAUGAAAGUAACUUAAACAUGGCAAAUAAGGGUUGUAAACAAGAUGACAUACCAAAACCAAGUUUUCUACCCACUGAAGCAUCUAAAGGAAUUCCUGGAUUGGAUUUGGUCCGACAUCCAGAAAAGGCACCUCAGCAAGAUAUUAUUGAUAUAACUCAAGAGGAAACAGACACAAUUACUGAAGGGGGUCCUGAUUACUCGACAAUUUCUCAGGGAAUUAAUAAUAUUCUUGGAGAUGCAAAAAUCAUGAAUAUACUUUCCAUGGUGCAAAAUCAAACAUCAAAUAUAAACAACUCAGUUAACAUAAAGACAGUACCUUCAGAUGGACAGUGGAAUAAAGGUUUUAAUAAAAAACAGGAUAAUUUUGAUAAUAGACCACAAGGUGGUAAUUUUGACAAUCAAUCACAAGGUGGUAACUAUGAUAACAGAGUACAAGGUAGUAAUUAUAAUAAUAGACCACAAAGUGGUGACUAUAAUAUACAGGUUCAACAACAGCCAGAAAACAAUUAUGGAAUUAGAGCUCCCCCACCAUCCAAUAACUUUGGUAACAGAUUACUACCACUACCUAAUACUUUUGUAAACAGACCACCAGCCCCAUACAACUAUGAAAAUAGGCCAGUACCAAUAAAUCCGCAAAAUAGACCACAUCCACCAAAUAUUUUUGAAAACCGAAAUUCUGAUUAUGGUGUAGCACAAACAAAUUUUGAUAAUAGGUCUAACAUGCUCAAUGGACCUGAUAACAACAGUCAAAUGCCAAUGACCAAUUAUAAAAAGCCUUAUCCUAGGCAGUCACAAGAUGAGUAUGAUCAAAGCUACAAUGAAAAUAUAGACAGUUACGAUCAGUAUGGGCAUCCUGAAAGAAGAAAUACAGGGAACAAAUCAGGACCUACUCCUCAACCUCUUCUUGAAAUCAAUACUGGCAUAAACAAAGUGACUAGUUUUGACCAGAAUCCAGAUAUACCAGCUCCAGUCCCAACAAAGGUGUCUUGGUCAGAAGACCCGUUAUUUACACCAUCAAUCAUUGUUGAAUAUGAGCAUAAGUCCUUAAGGUUAAAAGCUCAUAAAUUUAUUGAACCAGUCCAUACAUUUGACUAUAACCACAAAUCAAAAGAUGAAGAUAAAAAAAGAGAUUUUGAAAAAGAAGUGGAAGAACUAUAUACAAGAAUGCCGCAAACUGAAAAAGAAAGCAGUCGACGUUUUCGAGACCCUUAUUUACGGGAUUAUGAAAGAAGACCUGAAAUGCCUAAGGAAGAAUGUAGACCUAGACUACAAAGAGAAGAACUAUCUUUCCGUGAAGAAAGACCUAGAUUAGAAGACAGAUUAGAUGAAAGGAGACAUGAUGAUCGUGAUAGGUUUAGGCGUGAGGAAUACAGGGAUAGAGAAAGAGACAGGGAUGUUGGUCGUGAUAGAGAAAAUGCUCGGGAAAGAGAUAUUAGAAGUCGGGAUGCAAGAGACCGUGAUUACGGACGAGAUUUAGGUAGAGAUCGCAAUUUAGGACGGGAACGAGAAUAUGGAAGAGAAAGAGAUUUAGGUAGAGACAGACUAGUAGACCAUGUAAAGGAAAGAGAUAUUGAUUAUGGACGAGAUAGAGAUCUGCAUAGAGAUAGAGACGUUAAGGAUAGAAUAAAAGAUUUAGAAAGAGAUAGAAACCAUAGUAGAAGUCGUGAAAGUGAGCAAAGAAAACGGGCUAUUAGUGUGGACAGUGAAAUUAGUACUGGUACAAAGAAAACUAAAACUGAAAACCCAAGGCCGAUUGUUAUGAUUGAUGACAUCUUGGAGGAACCAGGUCGAAGUAUGAGACCAGAAAAAAUUGUUAUUAUUUUACGAGGUCCCCCUGGCAGUGGAAAAUCGUAUUUGGCGAAGUUAAUACGAGACAAGGAAGCUGAGCAUGGUGGUACAGUUAGGAUUAUGUCCAUUGAUGACUAUUUCAUGCAAGAGGGGGAAACAGAGGAAAAGGAUCCGAUUACUGGGAAAAUUGUUAAGAAACCUUUAUUAACAUAUGAAUAUGAUGAAAAAUUGGAGGAAACAUACAUAUCAUCCUUAAAGAGAGCAUUUAGGAGGAGCAUCACUGAUGGCUACUUCUCAUUUUUGAUCUUCGACGCUGUCAACGACCAGUUAAGAAGUUAUGCCGACAUGUGGAAUUUUUCCAGACAAAAUGGAUUUCAAGUUUACAUCUGCACGAUGGAGUUAGAUCCACAAAUUUGCCACAAACGGAACAUACACAAUCGUAAUCUCGAAGAUAUUCAAGUUAUCUGCUCGCGAUUCUUCGAAACUCCCGCGCACCAUAUUCUCCUCGACCCGACUACGUUACUUCAGAGUGCCGCUAUUACUGAUGUUACUAUGGAAGAUGCUGUUUCUAUGGAGGACGUUCAAGAAACAGAGGUCGAAGGUAGUUUUACCUCAAAGUGGGAGAGAAUGGACGAUGUCAACCAACUAGCCCGGCUUGAUGGUACGAGCAAACCACUCCGACCGAAGCUGUCCAUGGAAGACUACCUUCAGUUAGACGAAUGGACCCCUAAUAAGGCAAAACCUGGGAAGAAAACUGUUCGCUGGGCAGAUAUAGAAGAAAGAAGAGAACAAGAAAAGAUGCGUGCCAUCGGAUUUGUUGUCGGUCAAACUGAUUGGAAUCGAAUGACUGACCCCACCAUGGGGUCCAGUGCGCUCACUAAGACUAAAUAUAUUGAACGCGUUAGACGCAACUAG